AUGAAAGUAAGGGUGAUCUCCAUCCUCGAAGAUAACUAUAUGUACCUGAUCAUUGAUGAGCAGACCAAAGAAGCAAUUGCAGUCGCCCCCGCUGUACCGCAAAGGCUUUUGCAGAUAGUGAAACGAGAAGGGUUAACCCUGAUAGCUGUCCUCACCACACAUCAUCACUGGAAUCCUUUUUUCCAUGCAAGAGGCAAUGAAGAUUAGAUCCCAGGACUGAGGGUGUAUGGAGGUGAUAACCGCAUCAAAGGCCUGGCAGAUAAAGUAUCCAACAGCCAAGAGUUGAAGUUCAACUCCAUCAAUGCGAGGUGCCUCUUCACCCCCUGCCGCCACCACACUGCUGGACACAUAUGCUACUUCGUCUGGGAGGAUGACUGCACUGAUUCGCCUGCUGUUUUCACAAGAGACAAACUCUUUGUCGGUGGCUGCGGAAAGUUUUUUGAAGGCACCGCAGAACAGAUGCAUCACAACCCGACAGAAGUGUUGGGGACCUUGCCUUAAGACACAGUAAGUGUUCUGUUCUGUGGCCAUGAGUACACAAAGAGGAACCUCAAGUUCGCUUUACUGGUGGAGCCGGAGAACGAGAAAGUCAAAGAGAUGCUGACCUGGGCAAAGGCCAGAGAUGAUGAUGACCAACCGACAGUCCCCUCGACAUUACUGGAGGAAUUUGAGUACAACCCCUUCCUCCGACUCUCGUGCGAGGCUGUGCAGAAGUUCACAGGGAGGACGGAUCCCGUGGAGGUGCUGAAAGUGCUCCACAAGUAGCCUGAUAAAAUAAAAAAGCCCAAGGACAGAGUGCCGCCCCAGGUUCUGAUGGCCCUGGAGUGGGAUCUACUGGACUCCUGA